CCAACUAGUGCGGUUCGGGAUUUUAAUGGGUUCGGUCGAUUUUUGAAAUUAUGAAGAAAUUGCUCAAGAAAAAACAGCAGAAGAUACGCGACAAGAGCGGCUACUUUAAUGUCAGUGCCAACACCCAAAUGGACAAUGACGUCACACCGGUCUAUCUAGCAGCCCAAGAAGGCCACUUGGACGUCCUGAAAUUUUUGGUUCUCGAAGCCGGUGGUUCUCUAUAUGUCCGAGCCAAGGAUGGCAUGGCACCAAUACACGCCGCUAGUCAAAUGGGCUGUUUGAAUUGCGUUAAAUGGAUGAUUCAAGAUCAAAGUGUCGAUCCGAAUCUUAGGGACGGUGAUGGAGCUACUCCACUUCACUUUGCAGCUUCCAGGGGUCAUUUGGAUACAGUGCGUUGGCUUUUGAAGCAUGGAGCAUUGUUGAGCUUGGAUAAAUAUGGGAAAAGUCCUAUUAACGAUGCUGCUGAGAAUCAACAAGUAGAGUGUUUAAACGUGCUAGUCCAGCAUGGCACUACCCCAGAUUAUAACGAUUCUGAUAGGAUAAGCAAUGGAAGGAAUUGUUCUUGCACUACAAGAAAACUUGAUCAUUUAAAACGAGGUAAUAGUACGGGGUCUGAGUGUUCCAAUUGCAAACCAAAACCGACUCUGGCCAAUUCAAAAAACUCUAAAGCCUCUUUGAACUCACUGGAACCAUUCUAUUUGCAUCCGCCUCUGAGCGGACGCAGCUUAGAAGCACCACACGCACCAGAAAAUGGACUUUACAUCAAUCCCAUGGCAAAUCAUAGACACAGUGCGUCUACUUGUUCCGAAUCCAGUUCGGUUGGAAGCGAAUCCUUUUACCUUCAUAAUCCGAAUGAAGUCGCUAAAGAAAUUGUUUAUAAUCGAGUCAAAGAUUUGUUUGAUGCUAAUGGAGGUGAUCAACGGUCGUUAUCUGCUCUCAAAGUUAAAGUCGAAGUUCAUUCUUCCUCAUCAGGUGCUGGUUCUGAUGAAAACUUAUCUUCCUCUGACUUAUCUUCAGUGAGAUCAAAUGACCACGAAAACGAUUAUGAGGAUAUUUAUCUUGUUAGGGAAGAAGCUAGAAAACAGGAUAGGACUGUGAGUGUAAAUGGGAGAUCAAGGUCCAGAGAUUCAGGUUCUCAUAGUAGAUCUGGUUCUGUUAGUUCUUCUAAUUCUGGCUGUAACGUUGUUGUUAAAAUGGCACCAACAUCCAUCGGUGGUAGCAAAAAAUCCAAUGAGUUUUUGCCGAAGCCCCAAAAAUUGGAAAAAUCAGACAAAAAAGAACUGAAAAACUCCAACAAUGAAAAUCGUAGCCUAAAUGAAGAACAUGCUAAAGAGAAACCUGGAAGUUAUCAAUUAAAGAGGGCUAUUUCCGCUCCAAUCGAACCAAUUUCGCCGCCACCACCGCCUCCGCCGCCUCCAAACAACUCACGGCUACUAAUAAACCCCAAUGAUCCCCAUUUGAAUGAACCCAGAGGUGCUGAAAUGGUAGAAGUUAUCGAGGAACCCACUUUAAGACCUUCGGACAUUGUUAAAGGGAUGUGCAGGAGUAUGUCUGCAUUGUCGGCUCGUCGUCUGAACUCUUCAUGCUCAGACCUCACCAUUGUAAGCUUAAACGAUGAAGAUCGUCAAUCGAUUACAAACUCUAUAACACCUUCUCCAUCCAAUCGACAACGCGUAUUACCAUUCGUACCGCCAAGUUUCCCAGUUGCUGAUCCCAAUAAACUGAUCAAACCUUCUGAGUAUCUUAGAAGUAUUGGCGGCAGCGAAAAAAGGAUUGACAGAGUUGGAAUUGAACGGCCACCAAGUGAUGACCAUGAUGUGGAGACACUGAUUAAUGGAGAUAAUAAUGAAGAUGUUAAACAUGGGCCAAGUGGACCUCCGCCUCCUCCUUUACCAGAGUUUAAUGGCGAUUUAACUCAAAACGCCAUGUCAAAACAAAGCACUCUUAUGCACAAGGAUAAAGUGAAAACGAUGCAACCCUUGUCAGCAAUCAGUAUUCAAGAUUUGAAUUCUGUACAGCUCAGAAGGACCGAGAAAGUUGUCGCUUCUAAGACUUUUUCCGCACCAACCAGAAGUGUAUCAUUGCAAUGCCUAAACACAGCCUCAGAUCCGUUCCUGACUCAGAAAAUCGAUCUUAUAGCGGAACUGAAAAUGUCCAGAGAUUUAACAGGAGUGAAAAAACUAAAAGUGGAAAAAGCCAAAACCGAACAGACAUUGGAACGCGAAGUAAUUUCGGAGAUCAAAAAACAAUUUACAGCUAAUAAUUUUGUAGAAAAGAUACCUGAUAAAGACAAUACAGGCAACUUGAUUCCGGCUUGGAAAAGACAAAUGUUGGCCAAAAAGGCAGCUGAAAAAGCGAAAAAAGAAAUGGAAGAACAACUACACAAGGAAGCUGAAGAAAAGCGCCUUCAAUCUAUACCACAAUGGAAAAGACAAUUAUUAAUGAAAAAGGAAGAAGCUGAAAUCAAAAUAAGACAAACCAUUUAUACGCCGAAAGUAGUAGACGAACCCAAAGUAAAAAUGCACGAAAUAAGACAACAAAUGCCAAAUAAUGAAGAGAAAAGACACGAUUUAAAUAACAACCAUACAAAAGAGUAUGAAGAAGACAACAAUAUGUCCAUGAGUACUAAUUCUUUGGACGAGGAGCCUUCUGACGAGGAACCCAACAUUAUUCCUUGGAGGGCGCAAUUGAGAAAAACCAAUAGUUCUUUGAAUCUUCUUUGUUAAUUUCUAUCUAUAUAAAGUAUAUUUCUUUUUAGUCAUUUGUUGUGAUUUGUUAUUUUGCUUUAUUUAGUAAGUUAUUAAUUAUUGUAGUUUGUUUAUCAUUAUAUAUGUGCAAUUUUCAAUUAUUACGUUAUUUAACUUCAAAUUUUGUUUUAUCCGUGUUUUUUUUUCUAUUUGUUUUUUGUUCUAUUUUAUUUUUUAUUAAUAAAUAUACUUUUUAUAGGAUAUUUGCAUAUUUGUAACUAUUUAAUUUAGUUAUGUAAAUAUCACAUUAUUAUUAUGUUUUACCAACAAUAAAGUUUAUUUAGUAUAAUAAUUAUUCUUUUAAUAACAACAUUAGGUUUAUUACACAACUAAAUCUAUAGAGCAAAUAUUAAACUACAUAUAAUAAUUAAAAUAAAUCACAAAUGUACACUUAUAUAAACUUAAUAAUAAAUGGAUUUAAUGAAUAUAACUUAAAAAAAUAUAUAUAUUAAAAUAAUAAGCAGUAAAAUGCAUUCAAAAAAUUUGUUAAAUUGUAUUAAAUACAGAAACUGAGAAAUUAACAUACAACUACACUGUACAUACAAAAAAAUGUGAAUUAAGUAAAACACAUAUUCACUAUAAACUAAUAGUGUUAAUCAUUAUUAUCGUCCUAAAUCUACAUGACAUAAAAAUCACACACUGAAUACUAAUCUUUGGAUUAUAAAGACUCAUUUCAAUUGCACUGGAGCCAAAAUGAAAUUAAUUACCAAAAGUGCUGCUUCCAAAUUAGCAAAUUCAUCAUCAACAAAGGCAAUGAGAAGUAGAUUUUGUCAGCAGAGCUCAGACCUUCGCAGUAAGCUUCCACAUUGCAAUCUUCAACCAACUGCAAAAAGUUUUGCUCAACAGUAGCCCAAUCGCAUAAGCCCACCGAACAACCCAGAAAUUCUUCAAUCGGUACUUCGUUGAGGAAAAACAUUACUUUGAAUCUGUUACCUUGUUGAUUACUAUUCUGACAUCUAAAACAAACAUUGAAAACUUGUAAAAAUUGCUCAAAAGUAACUCACUCAUAAAGUACUGCAGCUAAAUUAGCGGCAAAAGGGCUAAUCAAAGACGUUCUCCACAUCCUUUUUUGUUGCCUGUUGUAAUUGUCAGCAGUCAAAGGAUAUGAAUCUUUGUUGAUUCCCAAAGUUGAAAAUACAGCUUGCAUUGUGCCAGAGUGAGUGAAUAAGGCUGAAACCUUAUUUCCAUCGGGAUAGCCAUGGACGGUUUGUUCAAAUUUCCUGUACAUAUCCUGGAUAGGUCCACAUCCAAGGUUUUUAACCAAAUCAUUACCAUAGCCUGUAUUGUAGUAGUCUUUUAAGUCUUCUCCGUAUUCGAGGAACUUCAGUUGGUCUUUUGUGAAAGCUACACA